AUGUCUCCUCCUGCCUCUGACAAGAAACAAUCGGGUGUCGCCAGAGUGCUCGGCUCUGCCUCUGCUGGUAUCUGUGAGAUUGCUGUGUUCCACCCAGUGGACACCAUCUCUAAGAGACUUAUGUCUAACCAGACCAAGAUCACCUCUGCCGCCGAGUUCAACAGCGUUAUCUUCAGAGAGCACGCCCAAAAGGCUCUCGGUUCCCGUUUGUUAACCUUGUUCCCAGGUUUGGGUUAUGCUGCCUGCUACAAGAUCUUGCAGAGAGUGUACAAGUAUGGAGGACAGCCUUUCGCCAACGAGUUCUUGACUCAAAACUUCAAGGACUCGUACGAUUCGCUUUUCGGCGCCAAGACUGGUAAGGCUCUUUUGUCUGCUACUGCUGGUUCGCUUAUUGGUAUUGGUGAGGUUGUGUUGUUGCCAUUGGAUGUCUUGAAGAUCAAGAGACAAACUAACCCUGAGGCAUUCAAGGGUAGAGGUUUCUUGAAGAUCAUGGCCGAUGAAGGCUUUGGCUUGUACAGAGGUUGGGGUUGGACUGCUGCUAGAAACGCUCCUGGUUCUUUUGCUUUGUUCGGAGGUAACUCCUUUGCCAAAGAGUACAUCUUCGGUUUGAAGGACUACUCAUCCGCUACCUGGACUCAAAACUUUGUGACUUCUAUCUUUGGUGCUUCUGCCUCUUUGAUUGUUUCCGCUCCAUUGGACGUCAUCAAGACCAGAAUCCAAAACAAGAACUUCGAGAGCAAGGAGUCUGGUUUCACUAUCUUGAAGAACAUGGCCAAGAACGAGGGUAUUACCUCGUUCUUCAAGGGUUUGACCCCUAAAUUGUUGACCACUGGUCCUAAAUUGGUGUUCUCUUUCGCCUUGGCCCAGUCGUUGAUUCCAGCCUUCGACAAGCUCUUGAAGUAG